AUGACCGAACCGCCCGGCGUCUCAAUCCCAGUCCCAGUGGCAUCGCCCCUCGUGCCACGACCCUCGCCCCUCGCCCUGGCCCACACUGAUACUGACCGAGACCGGGAGAGGACCGGGAUCGAGAGCGGAGGGGAACCAGAAGCGGACUCGGAGCGGGAGCGGAGCGGGAGAGCAGGACCGGGAGCGAUCCGGGAGCGGUUGCCUCAGCCCCACUUCCUCUCUGCGAGCGACCGCCGGCGAAGAGAUGGUGAGUCCCCGGUCCGGUGCCGCAGCGAUGCGGGAAGAGGGAGUGGGGAGCCGGCGGAUACAGCCCGGGACCGGCAGCUUCAGUCCAUGCGGAUACUCUGCGGCAGAACCGUCCCCGACCCCAGCUUCCUGCUCCUGGCCAUUUACACUGCAGCCCUGCUCGCUGGGACCAGGAGUGUCCAUGUGUCAGAUGCCGAGGGGGGAUCUGUGGUGGUCCACACUGCCCCAGAGAAGAUUCGCACUCACCGAGGGGCUUCCGUCACCCUGCCCUGCCGGUACCACAGCGAUGCCGGGAGCGGGCAGCAGCGUGGCAUCCGUAUCAAGUGGAGCAAGGAUUCGGAGAGUCUGCAGAGCACCGACGUCCUGGUGGCCCUGGGCGAGGUGCAGAAGGUGUUCGGGGAGUUUGGGGGGAGAGUGCAACUGCGGGAAGACACGGAGGGAGACGCCUCGCUGAUCAUGCGUGAUCUCACACUGCAGGAUGACGGCAGAUACCGGUGUGAGGUCACGGACGGACUGCAGGAUGCACAAGGAAUCGUCACACUGAGCCUGGAAGGUGUGGUCUUCCCCUACCACCCGCGCCAGGGGCAGCAGACGCUGAGGUUUGCAGAUGCCAAGGCAGCGUGUGCGGGGCAGGACGCGACGCUGGCCUCCUACCAGCAGCUGCAGCGGGCGUGGGAGCAGGGCUUGCACUGGUGUACAGCGGGCUGGCUGAGCGACGGCUCGGUUCACAUCCCCGACCCCUCGCCACAGCACAAAUGCGGCACGUCCGAGCACACCGGCAUCAGGAACUACGGAUACCAACACAAAGACGACCAGCGAUACGAUGCAUUCUGCUUCACCUCCACCCUGAAAGGGAAAGUUUAUUUCCUGAAGACAUUACGGAAGCUGAGCUACGGCGAUGCGGUGAAGGCGUGCGAGAGGCAGGCUUCCAGCAUCGCCAAGGUCGGGCAGCUGUACGCGGCCUGGAGGCUGCAGAGACUGGAGCAGUGCCGGCCCGGCUGGCUGGCGGACGGCAGCGUCCGCUACCCCAUCGUCAGACCCAGGGCCAGAUGCGGGGGCAGCGAGCCCGGGGUCCGCAGCUUCGGCUUCCCCGACAGGAGGCACCGCCUGUACGGAGUCCUACUGCUUCAGGAGAAGGGGAAUGAUGGAGAUCGGGAGACAGAUGUGUCUCACAACACCCCAGAUGUGGACCCACCACCCCCUCAAGAUGAGUCAAGAUGGUUAACUGCUAUAGUCACUACUGCGCCCAUCUCUGCAGCUCGUUACAACCUCAAGAAGCGAGUCAAGCACGCCUUCAUUUCCAUGAACCCAACUUGA